UUUCUUUUACUUGGUUUUCUGGGAUCAAACUCAGGUCUUUAUGUUUGCAUGGUAAGCACUUUGCUGACUAAGCCAUCUCUCCAACCCUGUCCCCCAACACACUUUUUGAAACAAGGUCUCCUGUGGCUCAGGCUGGCCUCUAGUUCAAUAUGUGGGUGAAGACAAAUGUGAACUUUCUAUUCUUUCCUCUCUACGAGUAUACUUCACUACAGUCUAUUUUGAAUAGUGUUUUUUUUUUGUUUUGUUUUGUUUUGUUUUGUUUUGUUUUUUUCAAGACAGGGUUUCUCUGUAUAGCCCUGGCUGUCCUGGAACUCACUUUGUAGACCAGGGUGGCCUCAAACUCAGAAAUCCACCUGCCUCUGCCUCCCGAGUGCUGGGAUUAAAGGUGUGUGCCACCUUGCCCGGCUGAAUAGUGUGUUUUGAUCUCCUAAACUCCGAGGACUGUCUCAAAGGCCACAGGACAACUCGGACUUUACCAAAACAUUUUCACAAUCUAUGGGGGGACGGGGGACGGGACAGUUCUCCAACAAUCCAGGAGACUCAAGGGUAACCUUCAAUAUACUCAUUUAACAGAUAUGGAAAUCCAGGCACAUUCUUAUGUUGUGUUCCCUCGGUGGGGUGCUCCACAGUGUAGUUUUCUUCAAUGGUUAUUAAAGUUGAGAUCGCAUCUCAACUCUGCAGCCUGAGUCCAUAGUCAGCAUCAUGAGGAUUAAUAAACAAAAGUAUUGGUGAGAGAUGUGGCUCCAUUGGUGGAGUGUUUGCCUAGCAUGUAUGAAGCCCUAAGUUCUACCCUGCAUAAAUCAGGCACAGGGUUGUGUAUCUGUAAUUCCAGCAUUUGGUAGAUGUAAGCAGGAGGAUUAUCAGUUUAGGGUCAUCCUGGGCUACGUGGUGGGCUCCUGAAACUCUAUCAUAAAACAAAAACCUUUAAGUAUGCAAAUCAAUAAAUAUGGACUGUUGCUGCGGCGGUAUGAGGCCUAGUCUAGGAAGCCUACAACCCCUCACAGUGCUGCGCUUGAAGAACUGUCUGGGUGUAAUUCCCUCUAACUUGCAUUUUAUGGGAUUCUAGUGGUCACCAACCACUCGCUGUCUUUUUCUGCCCCACUGUCCUGCACUGGUUUAGACUUCCCUAGUUCCGCCUCCGGGAAGGGAGUGGCCUCACCAGGGGGCGUGGCCAACCCGAGAAUUGGGCCUUCUUGCCUCCAGUCUGGAGCCGCCCAAUCCGGAGGGGGGGGGGGUUGAAGGAGGUCGAUCACGUGACCUGGGAUUUUUUUUUUCCCCCCUCCCUUAUGCCUAUACCACUUCUGCUGUCCCUAGAGAGGAUGUCUUGCUCCUUUUCUGGAAAUAAACUACGUCGUGUGAUCUUUGAUGAGUUAGAAAAACGUGGAAUUGUGCUUUUAUUGUGGCUGAGGCAUCUUUUGCUCCUGGAGUGGUGUUUUCGCUUCUAGCCUUCCCCCCCACACACUUGAGUAUUUGGUCUCGUCCAGCCUGGCCCUGGGCGCGGCGGCGACGGCCGCGUCACUGGCGGGCGGGAUCCCUCCGCUCUGGGGAGAGCUGCGCUGGACGGUUGAGUUGGGGUGACUGAGGAAAUCCAUCCGCGUCGCCGCCGCUGCCGCCUCCGCCGCGGAGGAAGACAGGACCUCCCGCGCUCCUCCAAGCGACCCCUUGGCAGAGUCCCACCACCUCAGGUACCUCCGCUGAUAAAAGGAGUCCUCAUCUCCCCCAGCCCCAAAUUCCCACGGGUGUGUGUGUGGCAGGGGGAAGCCUCGGUUCCUUCCGUCUCCCGGGUUUGGCUCUUGGGAAACGGACGUAACUCCCAGACCUCCCCUCCCUUCCUCUGGCCCGGUCGUUUCCAAACCCGGAAGGGGAACUGGGGGGGGGGGGGGGACCCUCGGCUUCAAUAAUGCAUGCGCUCCCUGCAAUAUCAGUGGCAAUUAUUUUAAAAUCUAGACCCCCCUCAUCCCAGCCCCGCCUGCCUCUUGAUCCCUUAAUAGUUGGGGGGCUAAAUUCUGGGUUUCUUCUAUGUCCUGUCCCGCCCCCUUUCCCCACCACCACCCUGCUGCCUGCCCCUGGGUAACAGCCCUCGUGCCCACUCGUUUCACACCCUUGCUUGCAUUAGCCUUGCAGAACUCCAGAAUCCUAGGAGAUCCAGUUAAGGCCUCAAGGCCACCCUUGUCUUCGUCUCCACCCUACUGCCCCUUGAUUCGGGCUCUGGCAGUGUUUUCUCAGUCCCGACCCCUAAGCUGGAGAUCUCAGCACCUUAUUCUUUUUACAAAUCCUUACCCAGGUCUGGCACCUAGUCGCCUGUCCCCUUCGUCCAGCUUUCUUUUGGGCAAAAUGGAGGUCCUACGAGCUGAAGGGCCUGGCCCACUGCACUUCGCAGCACGGCCAGCCCGCGCCGUCCAGCUGCCAGAUCUGAGGACCCUCUCUUUCCUCCUCUCACACCUGCGGAGGCGGUGGCACCCUUUUUUUUGGAGGGGGGGCUAUGGUUGCUUUAUCCCUAGAAUCGAGGAGCUGCUGAGGGAACGUUGGAGGGUAAUGGGGAUCUAAGGGCUGGGAGCAUGGCCCCCGACCCAGUGUCUUCUUCCUGGCCUGUUUUCCUUCUGCCCCAGGCCUGUGUCAUUGAGGCCAGGCCUGGGCUGCUGUCAGCUGGAAGGAAGGGGCUUUUGUUCACAGCUGGAGUGGGGUGGUAGCUAUGUCGUUGCCCCCUCCCUCAUUUUGGAGGGGCAUCCUCUGGCACUGGCGCAGAAAGCUGAACUUACGGAGGGGAAAUAUCUUCGGGGAAGAGGAACGCCCAGUGUCUGGGGGAAGUGGGAGCUGGGUGGGGGACGCCUGGGUCGCCAGAGUGCAGUGUACACGGCCAGAUCGCACAGGUGUCCCGGGAAGGCAGGACGUCGGAGGCUGGAGUGGUGCCAGCUAGGCCUCGGGGGCUGCUGAGCACAGAGCUGGGCUCUAGGGGUGCCUAGGGGCAUCGGGCCGAGCCGCCUGGGGCCGCUCGCCGGCGCCUGGGAGAGAGCAGCUCCGCGCCCCGGGGCCAGGGGCCUCUCUUCGGAGCCCUAAUUACUUCUGAGAGGCUCCCACGGGCUUUGUGCGGGCGCAGCGGGGCGGGCGACCUCGGCGCUGAAGGGAGCUGGCGGCUUGGGGGUUUGCCUUCCCCGCUACUCUCGCACUGACCAGCAGCUAAUGGGGUGCAGCCGGCCCGGAAUGGGGAUUAUCCCGGGUUGAGCCGUCCCGAACCUAUUAGUGCUCAAUCGGCUUUUCCCAAAUCCUGUAAACAGCCACCCUGGCCGGUUCUGGGCCUCGGGCCAGCGGCCAGGAGCUGCCUCCCCCAGCCCCCGUCCCGCGGCCCCCAGCCGCCCCCAACCCCGCCCCACGGGCCCGGCGCCAUGAGUGAGCUGGAGCAACUGAGACAGGAGGCCGAGCAGCUCCGGAACCAGAUCCGGGACGCCAGAAAAGCAUGCGGGGAUUCCACACUGACCCAGAUCACAGCUGGGCUGGACCCAGUGGGGCGAAUUCAGAUGAGAACACGGAGGACCCUCCGUGGACACCUGGCAAAAAUCUAUGCCAUGCACUGGGGGACAGACUCAAGGCUGCUGGUCAGCGCCUCCCAGGACGGAAAGCUCAUCAUUUGGGACAGCUACACCACUAACAAGGUCCACGCCAUCCCUCUGCGUUCCUCCUGGGUCAUGACCUGUGCCUACGCCCCCUCAGGGAACUUUGUGGCCUGUGGGGGUUUGGACAACAUCUGCUCCAUCUAUAGUCUCAAGACCCGAGAGGGCAAUGUCAGGGUCAGCAGAGAGCUGCCUGGCCACACUGGGUACCUGUCAUGCUGCCGCUUCCUGGACGACAACCAAAUCAUCACCAGCUCUGGGGACACCACCUGUGCCCUGUGGGACAUUGAGACAGGCCAGCAGACGGUGGGGUUUGCUGGACACAGUGGGGAUGUGAUGUCCCUGUCACUGGCCCCCGAUGGCCGCACCUUUGUGUCAGGUGCCUGUGACGCCUCCAUCAAGCUGUGGGAUGUUCGGGAUUCCAUGUGCCGACAGACAUUCAUAGGUCACGAGUCGGACAUCAAUGCCGUGGCUUUCUUCCCCAAUGGCUAUGCCUUCACCACGGGAUCAGAUGACGCCACUUGUCGCCUCUUUGACCUGCGGGCUGAUCAGGAGCUGCUCAUGUAUUCCCACGACAACAUCAUCUGCGGCAUCACCUCGGUUGCCUUCUCGCGCAGCGGCCGGCUGCUGCUCGCUGGCUACGACGACUUCAACUGCAACAUCUGGGAUGCCAUGAAGGGUGACCGUGCAGGUGUCCUCGCUGGCCAUGAUAACCGUGUGAGCUGCCUUGGGGUCACAGAUGAUGGAAUGGCCGUGGCUACAGGCUCCUGGGACUCCUUCCUCAAGAUCUGGAACUAACCUCCCCAACCCCAGAUGGGCCCAGGCAGGGAGCAGCCCUGCCCAUGCCCACACUACAGGCCCGGAGCUUUGGGGCUGGGUACAUGUGCCAAGCCUCCCUCCCUGGGCUACAGGGCCUCCGGUCCUGCUCCCAUACCCAGGUUUGGUUCCUCUAGGGGGGGGCCCCCACUGUGGAGAUAAAAGUCGGGGAUGGAAUGGGGGAAGAGGAAGGGCAGGAAAGCCCUCACCCUUUGCUGCCCUGGGGCCAUGGCCUCACCCCUCUGGAGGGCCAGAGGCAGGAGGUGGAAACUCCAGGGGCUGGCUUUUUUAACUGGUUUUAUUUUAAUUUUUAUUAUAUUUUCAGUUUUUCCAUAAAGGAACCACUUCCAACUCUGUA